AUGGAGCAGAUAGCGGAAGCAUUUGAGGAGGCUAGGAUAGUCGUCCCAAGCAGGCACAAUGAAAAAGGAAUGUGCUUGGAGGUUCUCAUGCACCAAUCCGAACACAGGUUUAACUUGGUUCGUACAUAUUACCAAUGGUUCCAGAACUACUCUUAUACACAACCCGAGCACCUGCCCGAGUUUGGAGAGUUUGCUGACGUCUACUAUAAGAAUAAUAUUGUCUCGCGUGUGACACUUCAGAAUAACUACAUGGCAUUUGGAGGCACAAACUGGGGCCAUAGCGCCGCUUCAGAGCCAUUACCAUUCCAGAAAAAAUAUCUCGACGGUCGCCAAAGCAAGAUCAUUGUCACAGACUACAAAAUUGGCAAAGAUUAUUCCCUAACAUACGCAACACUUAACGUGGAUAUCACCAGUGAUAAUUCUAACUCGACUUGGAUAGAAGUGUAUACAGGCGAUGAAAGGGAGACGAGUGUGCGCUGGAACGGGGAGCUUAUUUACGGCAGUCUGAUCGGCUCUGUCCCUGGAAUGGACGAUAUCGAGAUCUCCCUUCCCUCGCUAAGCUCCUGGAGGGCGCUUGGUACACUUCCUGAAUUAACCCGGCUCAUGAUGACUCUAAGUGGACGAUCUGUAACCGGCAGAAGUUGGUCAAUUCGAUCGCUCCGCUUUCCCUUUCGGUGCUUGACUCAGGUAACUAUGGAUAUCACACGGGAACCAAGAUUUACUGUGGACGAUUCGACGGACAAAAUGCUACUGGAGGCUAAUGUCACGGUUCAAUAUGGCGCAGCCGCUGGAUGGACGGCGUGGCUGAACGGUGUUUACGUGGGAGGGUUGUCCGGGGCCCCGACAAUGUCGCAACUUGGGAUGUGCUCAAACUAUACCGGUCAUAAUCAGAAUAGUCAGAAGUCAAUGGGCACUCAAAAAUCCGCGGGGAAUCAUGAGGGCCACACUAAGCGGAGGCAAUUUUACACUUAUGUCGCAUCCAAGGAAAUGCAGGUUGAGAGAAGAACAUCAACCCAGAGUGUCCGAUUCUCUACUACAAGCUUCACACUAGAUUUGGAUGAGAAAUUGGACGUUCCCAUUGGGCUCGAGUUGCAAGCGCUGGCUAACACAGAGGCGGUCGUGCAGACAUUUAUGAAUGGGUAUCAGUUUGGCCACUAUCUCCCGCAUAUUGGACCACAGAACCUGUACCCAUUCCCGCCGGGGGUGAUCAACAAUCGGGGAGAGAAUUCAUUAGCGAUCAGCAUGUGGACAUUAACGGACGCGGGGGCGAGACUAGAGCAGGUGGAGCUGAAGGCCUAUGCAAAAUAUCGCAGUGGAGUUAAUUUCAAUCAGGAUUGGAGUUAUCUGCAGCCGGGUUGGACGGACCGUAAGGAGUAUGUGUGA